CCUAAUUGAUAGCACGUCCGCUUAUUCAAAGUGUACCUCUUCUCACAUCGCCGCCGCCGCUGCUCCCACUCUAGUCACCGCUACUGUUCACCCCAUCCUCGGGAGCUUAACAUAUUCUAAUGCGGCUGAGCUCCCACCGUCCAAGUCUUACUCAUUGCCGGAGAAUUACGUGAUUUAGCAUACCCACACGCUCUUCUCCGUCCUCUCUCUCAAUUCGUCGAGUUUUCGUGCAAUGGCGUCCUUCAUCGGAUGUUUCUCUCUCAAAUCUACACAUCGAGGUGUGCUUCCAAAAUGGAGAUCACCUAGAGCAGCUGUAGUUCCCAAUUUUCACCUCCCAAUGCGUAGUAACGAAGUUAAGAACAGGACUAAUGUCGAAGACAUCAAAUCACUCAGAUUGAUUACAGCAAUCAAGACACCUUAUCUCCCAGAUGGCAGAUUCGACUUGGAGGCCUAUGAUGCCUUGGUGAACAUGCAAAUCGGAGAUGGUGUUGAGGGAGUGAUUGUUGGUGGCACCACUGGUGAAGGCCAAUUGAUGAGCUGGGAUGAGCAUAUUAUGCUCAUUGGCCACACAGUCAACUGUUUUGGCAGUUCAGUUAAAGUCAUUGGUAACACGGGGAGUAACUCAACACGAGAAGCCAUCCAUGCCACUGAACAAGGCUUUGCUGUUGGUAUGCAUGCGGCGCUCCACAUCAAUCCUUACUAUGGGAAAACCUCCUUGGAAGGUUUGGUCUCUCACUUCGACAGUGUGCUUCCCAUGGGCCCUUCAAUUAUCUAUAACGUACCAUCACGGACCGGCCAAGACAUUCCACCACCCGUGGUUCACACCUUAGCACAGAGCACCAACUUGGCAGGCAUCAAGGAGUGCGUUGGAAAUGAUAGGUUAGAGCAGUAUACGAGCAACGGUAUAGUCGUGUGGAGUGGGAACGACGACGAAUGCCACGACUCGAGGUGGGACUACAGUGCCACUGGAGUAAUAUCAGUUACAAGCAAUUUGGUCCCACGUCUAAUGAGAGAACUGAUGUUUGGAGGAAAGAAUCCAAGUUUAAACGCAAAACUGAUCCCUCUUAUCCAGUGGCUUUUCCGCGAACCAAACCCAAUUGGUGUGAACACAGCCCUAGCUCAGCUCGGGGUCGUUAGACCUGUUUUCCGGUUGCCAUACGUGCCCCUUCCUCUGGCCAAGAGGGUUGAGUUUGUGAACAUAGUCAAUGAACUUGGAAGGGAGAAUUUCGUAGGAGAGAAAGAUGUCCAGGUCUUGGAGGAUGAAGACUUUAUUUUGAUCGGUCGGUAUUAGAUGCUACACCUGGUGAACUGUCUCAACUUGAAUCUUUGGAUCUGCUUGCUUUUCCCUAAACAAUAAUUGAAAAUUGUGAGUUUUGCUUCUUGUA